CUUAAAAAAUCUGCAACAAACGGUCCACAACCAUCCCACUUUAUUCUCUGGUAUCAGACGCCACUCACUUCCGUCGUGGCCAUGGCGUCGUCGUGGUUAUUCUCUACUCCGUUCGCCGUCGUCACCACCACUACCCUCCGCAACUAUUCCACCUCUAACAAUGGCCCUGCUGUAAGUAGUAGUCCUAAAGAGUACAGUUCAAAUGAUAUAUUGUCACUUCUCUACACUUCAGCUAAAAAGAACACCGAUAACAAGAAACCUAAGAAACUAAGAAAAUGGGAAACCCAAAAAGGAAAAAACACAUUUUCUUACCCACAAUCCAAGCCAACUCCACUUAUAAUUCACCAACAACCAUAUCCUCAAACCAAAUUUCAAGCACUUGAACAAAUCCUCAAUGACCUUGAAGAUUCUAUAGAGAAAGGCAUCAAAAUUGACCCUGAAAUUUAUGCUUCUUUGUUAGAAACUUGCUACCGUUUUCAAGCUAUUCAUCAUGGUAUUCGACUUCACCGCCUUAUCCCACCAACCCUUUUGCAUAGAAACGUUGGUAUUUCGUCUAAACUUGUUAGGUUGUAUGCUUCAUUUGGGUAUAUGGAUGAGGCACAUGACCUGUUUGAUCAAAUGACUGAACAAGAUAUGUAUGCAUUUCCAUGGAAUUCACUCAUAUCUGGAUAUGCCCGAUUGGGUUUUUAUGAUGAUGCUAUUGCACUUUAUUUCCAAAUGGUGGAAGAGGGUGUUGAACCUGACUUGUUUACCUUUCCUCGGGUUCUUAAAGUUUGUGGUGGAAUUGGGUUGGUUCAGGUUGGGGAAGAGGUGCAUCGUCAUGUAGUGCGUUCUGGGUUCGGCGAUGAUAGAUUUGUACUUAAUGCACUUGUUGACAUGUAUUCUAAAUGUGGCGACAUUGUGAAGGCGAGGAAGAUCUUUGACAAGAUAUCUUUUAGAGACUCGGUUUCAUGGAACUCAAUGCUCGCAGCUUAUGUUCAUCAUGGUCUUGAGGUUGAGGCAAUCAACAUUUUUCGCCAAAUGCUUUUGGAAGGGGAAAAACCUGACUCUUUUUCUAUAUCCGCAAUUCUUACUGGCGUGUCAUCACUUGAUGUUGGGGUCCAAAUUCAUGGAUGGGUAAUCCGACAAGGUGUUGACUGGAGCUUGUCCAUCGCUAAUUCAUUGAUUGUUGUGUACUCCAACCAUGGAAGGUUGGAUAAGGCACGUUCCAUAUUCAAUCAAAUGCCAGAAAGGGAUAUUGUUUCGUGGAACUCCAUAAUAUCGGCUCAUUGUAAACACCCGGAAGCCAUUGCUUAUUUUGAGAAAAUGGAGGACGCCGGUGAAAAUCCUGAUAAAAUAACAUUUGUUUCAUUGAUAUCAGCUUGCGCCCAUUUAAGUUUGGUGAAUGAUGGAGAGAGAUUGUUUGCUUUGAUGUGUGAAAAGUAUAAAAUAAAACCAAUUAUGGAGCAUUAUGGUUGUAUGGUUAACCUGUAUGGUAGAGCAGGGCUAAUCGAAAAGGCUUAUAGUAUCAUAGUUGACGGGAUGGGCUCUGAGGCUGCUGGUCCAACUCUGUGGGGAGCUUUAUUAUAUGCAUGUUUUUUGCAUGGAAAUGUAACUAUAGGAGAGAUUUCUGCAAACAAGCUUUUUGAAUUAGAGCCAGACAAUGAACAUAAUUUUGUACUUCUUAUGAAGAUCUAUGAAAAUACAGGAAGAUUAGAGGAUAUGGAGAGAACUAGAAAGAUGCUGGCUGAAAGAGGGUUGGAUCACUAGACAGCUCUAUAUUUCCAAAAGCCUUGGCGCUACAGUUGCAGAUAGCUUGACCAUGCUCAGUUCCUGUUUCUGUAUCUUGGCGAGACCUUCUCACCUGUUCAGCUUUUUGGAGCCGCUGUUACUGUUGCAACAACAUACAUGGUUAACUUCAGAGUGAAUUAUGUGGUCAGUUUUCUACUGGCUAUUUCAGCGUAACCCCAAUGAAAAAAUUGCUACGAACUCAAAUUGGGAAUGCUAGUGCUUUUGGACAAGGAGAGAAGUUUGAUUCAUAUGUGAUCUUAAGCACUUGCUAUACGGCUUUACAAUGUAAAUACAAUUUUGAUUAGUUAGUUCAGGCUCCGAGCCUCUUCCUACACAUAAUAUAUAGCAGAAAAUUGUAAGUUACCAGAGUUGAACACAAACCUUGUACAAGGAAAUAUUGUUUCCAUACAAAUCUUCUUCCUUGUAUUAGAUGACUUUACUGUACCAAAAAAAAAAGAUGACUUUACUGUUACACUAGCUAGGACUGAAUAAGAUUGUAUAGAUAACGACUUGUUUUUGGAAAGUUUUGUAUAUGGUGAAUUGUUGAGCCCACAAAUGAAAUAUACAUCUCGGGUUAGUGUUGA